AUGGCAGCGGCCCCCACCCGCUGGCCCCUUCAAACUCUUCGAUACCGAAGAACCAAAGCUCGACUCGCGGGCCGCCUACCGAAUCCCGGGGGCCAAACGUUUCGCAGGACAAUUCGGAGCUCAGUAAAGGCUUCCAUUCCUUCAUUCCCUCAGCCCCCUUUCCUUGAACCCCGGACCCUCUUCUCUCGCGCAGCCCUCCUUCCUCUCGCCCCCCCCCCCCGCCCACCUGCCUCCGGCCAACUCCUUUCCUUUCCUCCUCCUCCUCCGCCGCCGCCUCCUUCUCCUCAGGCGAGGCCGUUGACGCGCAGCCAUCCGCCUCUCCCGAAUCAAGUUCAUAAAGCAGCGGGACGAGCUGAUUGGCCUCUCCGCUCCCUCACGUGGCCCGGCGGAAGGGGCGGGGCCGCAGGGAAAGAGCCGCGGGUGGGGCCGGAAGCCGCCGGCUCGCCGAGCUUCAGGAGAAGGAGGAAGCGGACGUUGCGUCAGGACCGAGUUCCGGAAGGCCUCUCGUUCACGCUCGUGCACCACGCGCGCCUCAAUUCUCGAGUCAGGUACUGCGGUUUUCACGGGCGGGAGUGUUUCUGAGCAUGUAUAAGUUCGCUAGUAGUGGCAGGAGAAAGAGAGGGAGGGAGGGAGGAGCUAGUUUGGGUUGUCCAUGAAGAGGGCCGGAUGGGAGCGGCCGCCGGGACCACGUAACACUGGUCUGGAAAGGCCUACACUGGCUCCCAGUAUGUUUCCGAGCACAAUUCAAACCGUUGGUGCUGACCUUUAAAGCCCUAAAUGGCCUCGGUCCAGUAUACCUGAAGGAGCGCCGAGGACCUUUUGGCGGUUCCCUCACUGCGAGAAGUGAGCUUAUAGGGAACCAGGCAGAGGGCCUUCUGGGUAGUGGCACCCGCUGCCCUGUGGAACGCCCUCCCACCAGAUGUUAAGGAAAUAAACAGCUAUCUGACGUUUAGAAGACAUCUGAAGGCAGCCCUGUUUAGGGAAGUUUUUAAUGUUUGAUGUUUUAUCGUGUUUUUUAUAUUCUGUUGGGAGCCAUCCAGAGUGGCUGGGUACAAAUAAUAAAUUAUUAUUGUUAUUAUAUUAUUAUACUCCCUGGGUGACCUUGGUCAUGUCCUGUCUCUCACACGGCAGAUGUGAGGAUAACAUGCGGUGGGUGGGUGGGGAAUCCCAUCUGAAUGCCAUCCUGAACUUACUAGUGAAAGAGUGGGGUUGUUGGGGGGGGGGUUGGAAAGAAUUGCCAGCUUUUCACACCCUAUUUCUGACAGGUUUCUCUGCCUUCCAAAAUAUAUAAAAACAUAAGAAAACAUUAAUCAUUAAAAAAUUUCCCUAUACAGGGUUGCCUUCGGUCGUAUGGUUGUAUAGUUACUUAUCUCCUUGGCUUGGGGGUUGCAUAACUCCAUACAUGGGUGUAACCAGGAUUGGGGGGGGGGCAGAACCUCAGAUUUGUAUUAUGGUGAUUUGUAUUGAUUUUUACUGUUGGGGGGCAGGGGGACAGCUAUGUCCAUGAUUCCAUAUCCUCCCAACAUUUCUCCAGUAGAGACAUCCUACAUUACUCCCCAAUAUUUCUCAGAUGAAAGUAGGGAAAUCCUCAGGAAAAGCGGGACAUUGCACUGCACUGUACAGUUCCUAGUUUGAAAAAACAUGACAACACUCUAGAAGACUCAGCUACACAGAUGCAAAUAAAACAUUUUAAAAGUGUUGUAAAGUGAAAUAUACAAAUGAGACACUAGAUAGCGACAGCGAUCCAUCCCAAAUUCAAUGUCUUUUUCAAAACCUUUGUUUAAAAAGCAUUUUGUCCUUUUUUUCUUUUCACGUUGGUAGCCUGAGACCGUUGUGGACGCCAUGGCCAAAAUCAAAGCCCGUGAUUUGCGAGGGAAGAAGAAGGAAGAGCUGUUGAAGCAGCUGGAUGACCUCAAGGUGGAACUCUCUCAGCUGCGGGUGGCCAAGGUGACCGGUGGAGCAGCCUCCAAACUCUCAAAGAUCUGGGUGGUACGCAAAUCCAUUGCCAGAGUGCUGACCGUCAUUAACCAGACCCAGAAGGAAAACCUCAGGAAGUUCUACAAAGGCAAGAAAUACAAGCCUCUCGACUUGCGGCCUAAGAAGACACGUGCCAUGCGGCGCAGGCUAAACAAGCAUGAAGAGGGUAUGAAGACCAAAAAGCAGCAGCGAAAAGAACGCCUGUACCCGCCUCGGAAAUACGCUGUGAAGGCAUGAGCCCGAACUGCAGCAUUCUGAUCCUCUGACCAGCAUUUUCCUAUUAAAGGUGUUUUGGCUGUUUAAAAAAAAAAUUAAAAAGCAUUUUCACAGC